AUGGCCAUGGCGCUCAUCUCCGCCUCCGGCGCAGCGACCCCGCUUCAGGUCCUGCUCUUCGCGCUGCUGCUCGUGGCCUCGGCCUCGGCCUUGCCGGCGCAGCAGCCGGACAUGGACCGCGCGCGCUGGCAGGUGGACAGGGUCAACCGGCGAGGCCCCUCCCUCGGCCUCGUCAUGUCCUACGUCGACGAGGCCACCGCGCUACAGGCCUCCGGCUACUUCACGCCCUGGCGCGUCCUCCCGUUCGUUGACCUCUACGGACGACGUUUUCACAUCGGCAGCAUUCGAGGUGUGAAUGUUAUACACGCACUGACAGGACAACGCAGGUUGAAUGCAGCUGUCACUGUACAGACUCUCAUGGAUGUCUUUAGCGUGUCUGGCAUUGUUCAUUACGGCACAGCAGGGAGUUCUAAUGAUUCCAUGUCGUUUGGCGACGUCAGUGUCCCCAAGCUUGUUGCUUACACAGGUGCCUGGACAUGGAAGAAGUUCAGAUCACCAAAAGAGUCAUCAGCAGAACUCAGCUUUGGAGAAUAUAACAUCCCAAAUGGAGGAGAGAACCUGCUAGGAUCUCUGAAAUUCAGAAACGAGGAGCUAUACUCUGUGGGUAAGCCUAUGGAAGAAGUUUUCUGGCUACCUGUAGAUUCAGCAUGGUUCAAAGUUGCAGAACAACUCAAGGUCAAACUUGAAAGAUGCAAUGACACUUUCUGCUUACCUACAACUCCACAAGUUGUCUAUGGGCUUAAAGGAGCAUCAGCCGACAUGUUUCUUGACAAUGCAGAGUACAGGAAGUUCCUUUUCAGAGAAUUUGGGGUGUCAACAGUAGAUGAGGAGAGCGCAGCAGUGGUGAUGACAACAACAUCUCCUGGUGUACCUGUGAUUGUAUUCCGUGGCGUAUCUGAUUUGGCUGGUGGGGAACCAACAUGGUCAUCAACAAGCCUGAUGAACCUAGCAUCUAUUAAUGCAUUAAAAGUGGCAGUGGAGUUCAUCGGAAUGGUUGGCAAGCAGAAGUCAAUAGAAUCAGUACAAAGGAGUAAUAACUGAAAAAAAGGAUGAUUGCCAUGCUCAUCCAUUACCACUCCAAAAUAAUUCUACAUUAAUAAUUGGAAGUUACCCUCAGAAUGAUACGGAAUCUUGAGGCUUCAAGUCCUAUGUCCCCUCAAAUAAACAUAUAUAAAUGUUUGGGAUGUAUAGCCACAUUGUAACCACGCCUGUGGCCAUGAUUUUCUAGUGUAAUUUUGAUGACGAUGGAACAAAAUGGUGAGCCAGAUGUUUCAUUUUUUAUUAGUAGAAUACCAUUGAUGUAAUCAUGUAAUAUUGAUUAUUUUUAUAAAGAAUCAUCGACUUGGUCACUAGAAGACAA